AACCUUGGGAAAUCAUUUGUUUUGUCGGCAACAUUUAAGUCAUAUAUCUCACAAGUUAAAGUAUGAUGGGAUGUCGACAUUCCGGAUGAUUCCAGAUGAUUGAUAAGGAUGGAAUUGAUGUUUCUGAUUGAAAUGAUUAAUUGAAUCUGAUUUUCAAUUUCCUACUUCCAGAUAUUCUGCCUUCAAUAUCUCCACCGCCUUCAAAGCCACGAGAACAAGCAAUGAAUGUAUGAAGCAUGAAAGAUGCCUCCGCCAAUAGUAAGUUCUAUACUCUUUUGAUUGGCAAUUCCAAUAUUAAUAACUAGAUAGACACCAUCACCCCAUCGAUUUGUGAUCAAGAAACAACCUCCACCACCACGAUCUCAACUCGCAGAAGAAUCAACUCCUCGUCCAGCAAACAUCCAACAAUUUAACACUACUCCUCGAUUUACAUUUUCUUCUACACCAAAACCUCCUGGCACACAGAAUGUAUCAUCAUCUAUACCUGUGGGACGAUACUUAACACCAGCUCGCCAAACACCAAAACCAAAAGAGAUUAUCGAUGAUCCAUCAGAUGAAUACCCAGCGCAUCUUCCUCUUCACGAUUCGAUCGAAACACAAGAUGAAUUUGGUACGGAAAUAGGAUUUCCAGCCGAAGGCACAGAAGAUGAUUAUGAAAUAAAUCCACGUUCGUCUAAACGUCGACGAAUUUCACUUUCUCCAGGAGAUAUCAUCUCAGAAGAAACGGAUGAUUUACUAUCCUCCUCUCUCCCUAUAGUUUCUUCACCAAUUUCCCAUCGACAGAAUCCAAUUACAUCUACCACCAGCAAACCCAAAUUUCUCCUCUCAACUCCACUACUUCCAUCAACACCUCAAUCUACCACUGCAACCACUUUUCUCAAACCCCCUCGUUUUCGUCCUCCUGAUCCUGCUGAAACACAUCGGAGUAUCGAUCCAUUACCCGAACAAUUUUCUCCCCAUAGAAAGGGACGACAAUAUGUGAAUGGUGGAUUAGCAGCAGAAGUUAGGGAUUGGUUGAUUAAUAUUGAUUCUUCCUUCUCUUCCUCUUUUUCUUCCUCUUCACAUAAACCUAAUACAAAAGGAACGAAAAAUAAAGAUAGAGAAUGGAUUGUGAAGAUUGAAGUGGAGGAAAUUAGUGCAGGUGGGAGGGAAAUGUGUUUAGUGAGGGGAAGACAGGCGCGUGAUUUGGAUGGAGAGGAGAUACUGGAUGGUUUGGAGGAUGUGAGGGUUUUGUUGGCUGGGGAAGGAACGGGGAUAGGGUUACAGAGGGGAAAGGAAGUCCAGGUUGGAGAAAUCGUGGGGAUUAAAGGACCAGUUUGGGAGAUUGUUGUUGAGGGGUGAAAUGGGGUGUUGGGGUUGAUUGGAAGGUUUUAUGAUGAUGUGUGAAGUGUGAGGUGUGAAGUGGGAUAUGAUAUCUGGAAUGAAUGUAGUGUGAAAUCGGUAGAAUUUUCAGGUAAAACCUGGUUGCCUGCUCUUCUCAGUUUGGAGAUCACUUGCUUGCUUGCUUGCUUGCUUGGUGGCCAAAUAGCGGUAUUAUUACAACUAGAAAAGGUUACAUUAAAACUCUAUUCUACGAAUAUAUAA